AUGCAGCUGAGGAGGUCGGCUGCAGAGGAAGCCCUGGCAGCAGCAGCAAGGAGGGCCGCGGCGGGCGAGGGCGCCUCUGGCAGCAGCCUCCUCACGCUGGCGCAGCUGGAGCGGGCGAGCCAGCAGGGGCUGGCACGGCUGAGCGAGCUGGGCGUCAGCCUCAGGGCCGAGGUGGAGGAACUGCAGCACCGCAUCCCGCUGCUGGUGCGCAGCAUCUGGGGCCACCACUCGGAGGCGGUGGUGGCGGCGCUGCGGACGCGGCAGGCCGCCGCGGCGCGCCGCCUCAUCGCGCAGUGGGAGGAGGCGGAGCACCGCCUGGUGGCUGUGGCCAACUCGCUCACCACCCUGCAGACCGGGCAGCGCCUGGUGGCGGUGGGCGUGCCCCUCGCGGCGGCGCAGCUCUGGCCCUGCACGGCGCACGCCUACCACGCGCCGCGGGCGGAGCGGGGGCCGCGGCGGCGCGCCGAGGUGCAGCUGAGCCUGGGCCAGAUCCGGGCGGCUGUGGCCCAGCUGGCGGCGGCACUUCACGAGGAGCUCGCCAUCCUGCUGCGGGGGCUGUUCCUGUGGGCCCUCUUCCUGCCCGCCAUCCUCACCGCCCCCGUCUGCCUGCUCACCGACAUCCAUCGCGACCGCUGGCUCGCGCUCAUGCGCUGGACGCUGGAGCAAGCAGGCCCGGCCUUCAUCAAGUGGGGCCAGUGGGCGGCCACGCGGCCCGACCUGUUCCCUCAAGACAUAUGCACGGCGCUGGCGGAGCUGCAGACCAGGGCACCCACCCACCCAUACGCGGCCACGGCGACGGCGGUACAGUCGGCCUUUGGUGCGCCCAUCCCCGAGCUGUUUGCCGAGUUCGAGGCGGUACCGGUGGCCUCCGGCAGCAUCGCCCAGGUGUACCGCGCGGUCCUGUCGGAGCGCGGCGCCGCGCUGGCGGGCACGCGCACCCGCGGCGGCCUGCUGCCGCUCCGCCGCGAGCGGCUGUUCAAGCCGGGCGGCGCGGUGGCGGUCAAGGUGCGGCACCCGGGCGUGGGCGUGCUCAUGGACCGAGACGUCACGCUGAUGUGGCGGGGCGCCGCGCUGCUGGCCGCGCUGCCGCUGGUAGGCAGCCCGGCAAUCAAGGAGUCGGUCAUGCAGUUUGGCGCCCCGCUGAAGGAGCAGCUGGACCUGGUGACCGAGGCGGCGCACCUGGACGCCUUUGGGAAGAACUUCCGCUACUGGACGGGGGUGUCGUUCCCGCAGCCCGCCGCCGCGCCGCUGGUCAGCAGCGAGGUGCUGGUGGAGACGUUUGAGGAGGGGGAGCUGGUGAGCAAGUACCUGCAGGGGCCCGAGGCGCGAUACCACCAUGGUGCUGGAGGGCUGGUCACCAAGCUCAACCCCGACAUCCGCAUCAUGGACACGCUGCGCGAGCUGCUGCCCGCCAACUGGCACCUGCGCCUGUCCAAGACGCUGGACAGGGCCUGCUCCUCCGCCUCGAUGGCGCUGGCCGCCAUCUGA